CUGAUCAGCAUGGCUGUCCCAGAGGACGAGGACUACUACUACCAUGAAAACAUCAGCUUCAACUUCAGCUACGACGACUACCCGACGCUCUGUGAGAAGGGGGACGUCCGCUCGUUCGCUGCCCUCUUCCUCCCCAUCAUGUACACUGUGUGUCUGCUGGUGGGACUGGCAGGAAACGGCUUAGUGGUGGCGGUCUACGCCUACCACAAACGCCUCAAGACCAUGACGGACGCCUUCCUGACCCACCUGGCUGUUGCCGACCUGCUCCUGCUCUUCACGCUGCCGUUCUGGGCUGCUGACGCGGCGAGGGGCUGGGAGCUGGGCCAGGCCGUGUGUAAGAUCGUGUCUGCCUGCUACACGGUCAACUUCACCUGCUGCAUGCUGCUGCUCGCCUGCAUCAGCCUGGACCGUUACUUGGCGUUAGCCAGGGCGCAAGGUAAAGACCGGAGUCAGUGGCUGCAGAGGAUUUUCACCCGGAGACACUGCUGGAAGAUCUGUUUAAGUGUUUGGGGGACGGCUUUUAUCCUCGGUCUUCCUGAUUUAAUCCUCUCAGAGGUGAGAUGGGCGUCUAAUAGGAGCGUCUGUCUUGCGGUCUACCCGCCAUCCAUGGCAGGAGGCGGGAAAGCUGCUCUGGAGGUGAUAGAAGUGCUGCUGGGGUUCCUGAUUCCUCUCCUGGUGAUGGUGGUGUGUUACUGCGGCGUGGGCCGGGCGCUGAAGGGACUUCCUGUGGAGAGCAGAGGCAAGAAGUGGAAAGCUCUGCGUGUCCUCCUGAUAGUUGUCGGGGUGUUCGUGGUCACCCAGCUGCCUUACAACGUAGUGAAGGUCUACCGAGCCAUGGACUCGGUCUACACCUUCGUGACCCACUGUGGGACCAGUAAAGUGUUGGAUCAGGUGGCUCAGGUGACGGAGAGCUUGGCGCUCACUCACUGCUGCCUCAACCCCAUCCUCUACGCCUUCGUGGGCUCGUCCUUCAGGCAGCAUAUGAUGAGAGUGGCCAAGAAGUUUGGUGAGAAGAGAAGGAAGAGGAGGAAGAGGACGGAGAAUCCUGCAGAGGAAGAGAUUGAAAUGUCAUUUAAUUCCCACAGUGUAUCGCCAGAGACAAACACAUUCUCAAUAUGAGCCAACGACAGAGAGGAAUCCUCAACCACGGGUGUUGAAGUCUUUUUAGUUUAUGGGCCAAUUUGAUCUUAAGUGGGCUAGACCAGCUAAACAUUUUUGUAGAUAAUAACAGUCCCAAACUUUUCCCUUUCCCUGGUGUAAAGAAGUAUGAGUUAAUUUUGAAAACAUUUACUAUAAAUCAGCAAUCCAUUUACUAAACGGAUAAUUAAGAAAAUAAGAGAAAUUACAACAAUAUGUCUGUUUUUUCCACAUUGUCAGUCUACUCACUGUUACAUUUUCAUCUUCAGAUGAGACAAUGAUUUAUUGUAUUGUUUUUUUGUGCUUCUUAUUUGUACAGUUUUUUAUAUAUAUUUGGGAUGACAAUGAAGUCUUAUUUUACAGAAUCAAGAGAAACAGAACAGAAUCAGACCAGCUGACAACUUUAAAUGUGGUCGCUGCUUUUGUUUUGUUUUGUUUAUCCAGAUUCCUCCAGGAUUUCGCAAGAGACAUUAUAGUACUUAUAGUAACACUUCCAGCUGCUCACACAUAAAUACUGGAACUUGAUGCACUAUAUUGCACACUGUACAGCUGCAAAUGAAGAAGGAGAAAGAACAAGAAAAAGGUUCUCUUUGCGAGUAGGAGCUGGAAACAACUUUGUAACAUGUUUGAAAUAAUGCUUCUUUUAAUUGGAAUCAAAUCAAGUUUUGCUUGAUGUUACACAUUUGCACAGCCUAUAACCCAGACGCACUAAACACGUCACCAGUGAUAAGCAGCAUGAUUAUUCUCUUAUAUAGUUCCAGAUGAACUAUGUACUUUCUGUUUCAUUUCUGAGCUCCAGAUGACCUAAGCAGCCUACAAAUAAAAUAUAUAAUCGCAUAUCAGCUUGUUUGCUCUCAUGAAGUUUCUGGCAGGGUUAUUUUACCAUAUCUAUAUCCAGUGGGAUUUAACUGUCUUUCAUGUCGGGAAGCCACAGCUUAGUUUCGUGAAUUCCUCAAAAACAUCUGAGUCACAUUUACUUCAGUUUAUCUGCAGCCAAGUCUGCACAACACACUGAAAAAACAAGUAUGCUGUUUUUUAAACAAGGUGAUCAUCAUUCCCUCGAUAGUUGCAAAUCUUAUUCCUAAUUGCAGAUGUUUUUCUUUAACACUGAUUUAACCUGGCAUGAUGACUUCAAAUACAUUCUUGUUAUCAACAUGUGUAGCUACAAAAAAGGGAGGGUUGCACACAUUCAAAUAUUUAGUCAGACUUAGAAAGAAAGAAGAAUCCACUAUUAGCACACACUCUGUAUCUUUUUAGAUAAACACAAGUCAGUGUAACUGUGCUUGCCCUUUGCAAAUUGAUUACAACAUCCUCCUGUACAAAAGGCAAGUUUAUUUUUAUAGCACCUUUCAACAAGCCAAGAAAAGACAAAAAACACACACACACACCCAUAUAAAUAUAUAUAAAGACUAAGAAAAUGUUCUUGCUCAGGUCCAAAGAUUUCUGUUUUCUCUUUAACUGGAGGGAAUUCUGGUAUUUUCCAUUGUGCAUGUGGUUCUUGUUGUCACAUUGUUAAAAAAAAAAUAAAAAGUGAAUUUACAAGGGAAUUCUGGAACAUACAAUCACACUGAUCCAAUCCUUGUAUGACCAAUGUUGUUUUCCAUAUCUGAGAUACAUAGAAGUUGAACAGAAGUGGCCCCAGAAUGGAGCUUUGGGGAACUCUAAUCUAACCUGAAUGUUUAAUGAAUAGCCCUGGAUCUCAAAGAGCAAGUAGAAGCGGGAAGAGUGGAGAAAAAAUGGCAGAGCUC